AUGGAAACAAACUUGCGGGCAGCAGGACGGAGCUACGGGCUGGUGGAUGGAUUGGGGGUGCAUAUGGAAACUACAGUGUGCAGACCCGUCCUGUCUCCAACCCACAUCAAUGCAACAGCUUCUGAAACGUUCACAGUACUUCAGCAGAAGAUGAGAAUAGUUGAGGAACAGACCAGCUCUCUGAGAGAUGACCUUAUAAUGCUAGGAUAUGGUGACAGACGAGGUCAAUUAGAAACUUCAAACUAUUUAGAAGACCCUGCCAGCCAGAAAGCCAUUAGUCCUAUCCCAAAUGAAGUAAUUUGUCCAGAAAGCCCAGGUAUUUUAUGGAAGAACUAUGAAUUUCUGGUAAAUCGAAUGUGCUAUUUGGAGAACCUCAUCCAGUCCUUGAAGAUGAACAUCUUUCGCCUACAAACUGAAAAGGAAUUGAAUCCACAGAAAACAGCCUUUCUGAACGAUCAGCUGAAUAUAAUACAGGGGGAGCAUUCCAAGGACCUGAAGCUACUGCAACUUGAAGUGAUGAAUUUGCGCCAGCAAUUGAAAGUUGUCAAGGCAGAAGAAGACAGGGCUCAGGAUGAAGUGCAGAGAUUGACUGCCACUCUGGAAAUCGCCACAGAGACAAAGAAGAAUGCAGCGGUUAUUGAAGAGGAGCUAAAGACCACAAAGCGUAAAAUGAACCUUAAAAUUCAAGAGCUACGGCGACAACUGGAUCAGGAGAAGCAUGUCAGGGAAUCUCUUGAGAAAUCUGCAUCAUCCAUGCUCCUCAAAGUACAAGAGAUGGGGUCAGUGGUGGAGGCAGAACGGCAGCAGGUGCACACUUUGCAGCAGAAGUGUAUUGCCCUACACAGCUCUAUGAAAAUAACCCAAGAUCUGCUGGCUCAGGAGCAGCAGAAGAAUGAAGGCUUGGAGAUGACUGCCUCGAAGCUCAAGUCUGACCUAAAUUCCAGAGAUAACCUCAUUUGCAAGUUGGUUGAAGAAAAUAAGGGUACACAAAUGUCUCUCAAGAAGGAACUUGAAGAAAACACAUAUUUGAAAUCUGAAAUACUAUCCCUUCAAGAUGUAUCAGGAAAAGCACAGGUUUUAAAUGACCAACUUUCCAAAAAGUGUUCAGAGCUAACCAGCAUGCUUCAAGUUGUUAAAAUGGAAAAUUCCAGAAUUAUUGCUGAACAUCAUGCUAUUCUGAAGGUGGAGCAGAAAAUGAUAACAGAGACAUUUCAAGAGCAAAAUUUACUGUUGGACGCAGCCCAUGCCAGCAUCACAGGAGAGCUCCAAACGGUGCAGAAUGAUAAAGCGCAGCUCCAGACGCACCUAGACCAUUUAAUCUUUGAGCACAAUCAGUGUCUCCAGAAAGCACAGGAGGCUGAGAAGAGGACAAUGGUGCAAAAAGAACUUCUGGAAUCAACUAUUGCAAGACUACGAGGUGAAUUGGAAGCAUCCGUGCAGGAGAAGAAGUCUCUGCGGGAGAAAAAUGAAUGGUUUCAGAGGGAGAUUAAUAAAACAGAAAAAGAAGUAGCCAAAGAAAAAUGCAAUUUGGAAAAACAAUUAGCUGAAAGCAAGGAAGACAUUAAUAUGUUGAAUCAAAACCUGCAGACUUUAGUGGAAGAAAAUAAGCAUCUGACAGAUAAAAUGGCUUCCCUUGAACAUCACAAAGCUACUUCUGACUACCAAGGGUUUGCUCAGCAGAAAGUGGAAAAAGCCUUGGAAAAAAUUACUGAUAGUAAAAAUAAGCUCGCCUAUGAAAAGGGGAAACUCCAGAUAAAAGUUAAACAGCUAGAAGAACAGCUGCACUCAUUUACUGAAACCAGGUUGCAGAACGACCAUCUACACAAACUGAAUAAGACUUUAGAGGUCAAAUAUGCUCAGAUGAAAUCUAUUCUUGGGCAAAAUGAGGAAGAACUGGCCCAAGCGGUGAAGUGUCGAGAUGAUGCCCUGAAAGAGAGCCAGAAGUUGAAAGGGGACCUGGAGGUGUUGGAGGACAGGGAGAACAAGAAGGUGGGAAACUUUCAGAAACAAUUAGCAGAGGCUAAAGAAGACAACUGCAAAGUCACAAUCAUGCUGGAAAAUGUGCUGGCUUCUCACAGUAAGAUGCAGGGAGCCCUGGAGAAAGUCCAGCUAGAGCUCGGGCGGAGGGAUUCGGAGAUCGCAGGCCUCAGGAAGGAAAGGUCUCUAAAUCAACAAAGAGUGCAGAAGCUUGAAGCAGAAGUGGACCAGUGGCAGGCCCGGAUGCUGAUUGUGGAGGCCCAGCACAGCAGUGAGAUAGAGCCACUACAGAAGUCUCUAGAUAUAACUAGAGAAGACAACAGGAAACUGGCCAUGAGCCUAGAGCAAGCUCUCCAGACAAAUGGCCAUCUGCAGUCUAAGCUCGAUCACCUCCAAGAAAAACUGGAAAACAAAGAACGCGAGCGACAGAGCCUGGAGGCCUUCAAAGAGCAGGUUGCUGAGGAAGCCAAAGUAGAAGCAGAAUUGCACGCAGAGCGCAUUGAAGCACUGAGGAAGCAGUUUCAAACCGAGAGAGAGACUACCAAGAAAGCAUCACAGAGGGAACUUUCUGAGCUGAAGAAAGCUCUUGAUGAAGCCAACUUCAGAUCAGUGGAAGUGUCCCGGACAAACCGAGAGCUACGGCACAAAGCUACGGAGCUGGAAAAAGUGGUGAACAGUAACAAGGAAAAGCUCAAGAACCAGAGGGCCCAGAUAAAGCUGCACUUGUCGGCCAAGGCAAACAACGCGCAGAAUGUGGAGCGGAUGAAGCAAAUAGAAAUGGAAUUGAGGCAAAUGGAGAUAAUUAAGGAUCAAUAUCAGAAAAAGAACUAUGAACAGUCACUGAGCAUCCAGAGAUUUGUGUCUGAGAUGAAUACCCUGCAGAAGGAGAUGGAGCUGUUAGCUAAGAGCCAGUAUGAGACCUCAGCGAGAAAUAAACAGCAGGAGCUGAGACUAAUGGCUGAGCAAAAAAUAAGGCAGGAACUAGAAAAUCGAUGCAAGGAAUUGGAAGAAACUGUCAGACACCUGAAGAAGUGUAAAGAAGCAACUGAAAAUAAACUAAAAGAAGCCAGUGUGGAGUCAGAACAGAUAACAGCUAACCUGGAGGAAGCUCACCGCUGGUUUAAAUGCAGGUUCGAUGGAUUACAACUUGAGCUGACAAAGAACCGCUUGCAGAGGCUCCCCCGGGAGGACAGGUGGCUGGAAGAGAAUCAAGAUAUGAGGCGCAAUGUUGCAACCAGCCAAUCUGUUCUACAUCGAUGGGAAACUAAACAGAACCUUGGGCUUAUGCCCAAGAAGUACCAUUCUGACACAGAGAGGAAGAAGUGACGCUGACACAGGAGAGUCCUCCAGAGACGCUGUCCCUCUGUGAUUACGCUGGCCAGCAAGUGGGGCUGGCCUGUUUCUACAUUAUAAGAACAUGAUGUGUGCUGAAGGUUUUGGACUUUAUCCUUGGAGUUUAUGAACUCUUUUGUAUUACUGCAGAACCAACCCAUC